AUGUUAUUUACUAAAAAUAAUAGUAAUAAUAAAGAUUUAAUUUAUAUUCAAAUAUCUUACGAUUUUAAUAAGAUCAAAAGAUUAAAAAACCACAAUAAUAAUAAAAAUAAUAAACAAAUAUCAAGUUUUUAUUCUUCAAAAAUAAUAAACUCAUUUAAUGAACCCCUAAACUUUAUCUCUGAAUUCUAUUACCAACAAAAAGAUUUAUCACCAUUUUUUAACUAUAAUCUAAAUAAUAAUAAUAAAAACAAUAAUUAUAUAAAAAUUAAAAACUUUAAAGAUUUAUUAAAUAAUUUAAACAAUAAUAAAAACACAUUUAAUCAUUUAAUAAUUGAUAUUUAUUCACUAAAAGAUAUUGAUUACUUGUUAAAAUUAAUAUUUCAAAUAGAUAAUUCAAUAAACAGUUCUAUUACGAUAUUUGGAAUGUGUCAAAUUAAAGAAACUUUAGAAGAAAGAAUGGAUCAUUUUUUAACAGUCAAUAGGGUUUGGUCAUAUAAAUAUAAUUUGGGUUGUUGUAAAUAUAACAAUAUUAACGAAACGACAGAAUAUAGUCAAUUAUUACAGAUUGUGAAAGUAGAUUCUAGAUUCCCAACUUUUAAUUUUUACAAAAAAUUAGAUACAUUUCAGUUUAAUAAUUUAAAUAGCAAUAUAAAUUAUAAAGAAUACAAUUGUAUAUCAGGCAUCAAUAAAAUAUCCAAAAGUAAUAAUAAAGUGUUAAUUCAUUCAUUAAGGCCAUAUGGAAUGAUUUCAAGUUUUCAUUUUUUAGGUUACUCUCUUACAAGAUCAUUGGAAUGGGGGAGAACUUUAAUUGUGGAUGAUACAGAAUUUUUAUUCUCGAACUUAAUUACCGAUUUGCUGUUGCCAGUAUCAAACUGCAAAAUAAACAACUAUAAUUAUAAUUUUAGCAAAGAAUCGGUUCAAGUAUUAAACCAUAUAGAAGAAAAGGAAUAUGAUGAUUCUAAAAGAAUUUCAAUUAUAACCAGUGAUUAUAGGGUUUAUGUAAAUUUUAUUGGUUGUUCAAAAUUUCCAAAUCAAUAUUUUUUAAAUAAUGACCUAUUUUUAUUUAAAUCACAUAUUAUGAAUUGGUUGAUUCGACCAAAUCAUAAAAUUAGAAAACUAUUGGAAUUUUAUAAAAAUGAAUUUUUUGGUAAUUCACCACUAAAGAAAUGUUUAGCAAUACAAAUAAGAAAUGGUGAUAAAAUUAUAGAGUUGGAUAAAAAUACAAACACAAAUAAUAAUAUAAAAAAUAAUCCAAUAAAAUCUUUAGUUUAUUUAAAUCAAUAUAUAGAUUUUAUUAAAAAUGAUUCGUAUUGUAAACAAUUUGAACAUAUUAUUUUAAUUACAGAUAAUCAAACGGUGAUCGAUAAUGAAUUGCCCAUAAUCGAAAAAAACAAUCCAAAUUUGCAUUUCCACUAUUUAAAGAAUAUUAUUAGAAAUGAUGAAACUUAUAAAUUUGGUGACUAUUUACUAGAAAACAAUCGAGAUGAAGAUGGUUUAAGAAAAAUAAAAACCAAACCAAAUUAUAAAAUUGGUGAAGGUCUGUUAUCCGAAAUUCUUUUGGCAUCUGAAUGUGAUUUCUUUUUAGGUUCUUUAACGUCCAAUGUCGCUAGAUUGAUAGUUGAACUUAUGAAUGCCAAUAGAUUAACUUCUCCUUCUCUAAGAAUUCAAUUAUUUAAAUCACUAGAUAAUUCGAAUUGGUUUGCUGAUCCCUAA